UUCGGGUUUAUUAAUGGGUUCAGUGAUUGGGUUCAAACUGCUUAUGCUACAGCUGCGCAUGCGUGAACAACACAGUUUGUUCACCCCGGUGCAUUAUGGGUCGCAAGAGCUGCAGAAGAUGUCUGGAUGGAGAUGAUGAUGAUGAUGAUAAUCAUCAUCAUCACUCAGUGACCCGAGCGGCGAGGGGCGGAGCCUCCGUCAGGAUGAACGGCAGCAGUAGCGUCUCUGCGGCUCAGAGGAUCAAGGCUGAAGCAGACGCGUGGAGCCAGGAGGACUGCCUGACGCUGCUGGAGCGGAUCCGCGGUCUGCUGCCCGACGGAGACGCCAUGAAGUACAAAACCACCGAGUCACACUUCGACUGGGACAAGGUCGGCUUCGGCCGCUUCACCGGGGACAUGUGCCGCCAGAAGUGGCAGAAGGUCUCCUGCGAGGUCCGGAAGUACCGGACCAUGACGGAGCUCAUUGUGGACGCUAUUGAGUUUGUCAAGAACCCGUACAAAGGCAAGAAGCUGAAGACCCACCCAGACUUCCCCAAGAAGCCGCUGACUCCCUACUUCCGCUUCUUCAUGGAGAAACGAGCCAAAUAUGCCAAGAUCCAUCCGGAGAUGAGCAACCUGGACCUCACCAAGAUCCUGUCCAAGAAGUACAAGGAGCUGCCAGAUAAAAAGAAGCAAAAGUACAUCACAGAGUUCCAGCGGGAGAAAGAGGAGUUUGAGAAGAACAUGGCCCGGUUCAGGGAGGAGCAUCCAGACCUGAUGGAGGAGCGGAAGAAGUCGGACCUGCCGGAGAAACCCAAGACACCCCAGCAGCUGUGGUACAACCACGAGAAGAAGGCCUACAUGAAGCUGCACCCAGAGGUGAGUCAGAAGGAGCUGAAGGAGGCGCUGAGGAGGCAGUGGUCACAACUGUCCGACAAGCGCAGGCUGAAGUGGAUCAGCAAGGCGCUGGAGCUGCAGAAGGACUACGAGGACAGCAUGAGGGCGUACCACGAGGCCCACCCAGACUCCAACUCAGAGGAACACGUCCGCUCUGUCCUCACCAAGGCCGAGAGACAGCUGAAGGACAAGUUUGAUGGACGGCCCACCAAGCCGCCACCGAACGGCUACUCCCUGUACUGCGCUGAGCUGAUGGUGAACAUGAAGAACGUGCCGAGCACCGAGCGCAUGGUGCUGUGCAGCAAGCAGUGGAAGAUGCUGACCCAGAAGGAGAAGGACAUGUUCCAGAAGCGCUGCGAGCAGAAAAAGAAGCAGUACGACGUGGACCUGCAGCGCUUCCUGGAGAGCCUUCCUGAGGAGGAGCGGGACCGAGUCCUGACGGAGGAGAAAAUGGGCGGAGCCAAGCUGAAUGCGGGCGUGGCUCCCAGCCCACUCAGAGCCAAGUCUCCAUCGGUCAAGGAGCGGAGCCGGGAGGGGGAGCCAGAGGCGUGGCCAGCAGCUGGAGGUGGAGCCACAGCGCCCAGAGAGCGGCGGGACGCCAGGAAGGCAGCGAAGCUGCCAGAGACGCCGAAAACGGCCGAGGAGACGUGGCAGCACAGCGUGACAGGAGAUUACCUGGCCAAGUACCGGAGCGACCGCAGGAAGGCCCAGGCGGCGAUGGAGGCGGCUUGGCGCUCCAUGGAGAAGAAGGAGAAAAUUCCCUGGAUCAAGAAAGCAGCAGAGGACCAGAAACGUUACGAGAGGGAGCUGUUGGAGAUGAGAGCGGCCCCUGUCGGCCAGAGGAAGCCCAAGUUUGAUGGGGAGCCGAAGAAGCCUCCAGUGAGCGGCUACCAGAUGUUCUCGCAGGAGCUGCUGACGAACGGAGAGCUGAACCACUUCAGCCUGAAGGAGCGCAUGGUGGAGAUCGGCAAGCGCUGGCAGAAGCUCAGCCAGGCGCAGAAGGACAAGUACAAGAAGCAGGUGGAGGAACAGCAGGUGGAGUACAAGGCCCACCUGGAGGCCUGGGUCAAGGCGCUGUCCCCGCAGGACCGAGCUGUCUACAAGGAGUUCUCCUCCUCGAAACGCCGCAGCAGCUCUUCCAAAGCCACCGUCAGCCCCGUGGCCAAGGUCCGUGUGACGGCAAAGGGGAAGGUGGGCGGAGCCAGGGCCGUGACCCCAGGGGUCGCCGUGGGGAAGAGGGCCAUGGCAUAUCGCGCCAAGCAGGACAUGUCCGACUCCGAUGAGGAGGAGGAGAAGAGCGGUUCCUCAGACUCUGAUGAAGACGAUGAGACAUCAGGAAGUUCAGACAGCGAGGAUGAAGAUGAGAACGAUGAUGAUGAAGAGGAGGAUGACGACCAAUCUUCCUCGGAGGAAUCCAGCGAGUUGGACUCAGAUUAGCCCUGCCCACUCAUUGAAGAGGACAGGCUGUGCAGGCCACGCCUCCUCCUCUGCCAGUCAUCCAGGCAGACCAAUGAGAGGCAGUGCUGUCGGAAGUGGGCGGAGCCUGUUACAAGUGUAUCAGUUUAUAUUUACUUGGUUUUUAUCUGAUGGACAUUUCAGGAUGACAGCUUCCUGUUUGUUCUUUUGGGAGGGCGGGGUUUGUACAUGACGACAUGCAGGGGGCGGAGUCAGUGUUGGACCUCCAAUCAGCCGGAGGCCGAGAGAAUCUCAAUAAAUGCACUUUUUCCAAA